AUGAUAAUCUGUUGCAACCUUGGAUGCAGCCUAGGUUGUUUGGAUGAGGAGAAGAGGGCUCUUCAGGACAUAAGAGAAUCUAUGGGCUAUGCAUGUGAAUAUUUUUAUCCAGACAGACACUCCGUUGACUGUUGCAGGUGGGAUGGGGUUCAUUGUAGCCCCACAAGCUCUCAUGUGAUCAGAAUUUUCUUUUACCAUGAGAAGCAAGAUGACGAUCAAUGGUUUCCAGAUAUGAGUUUGUUUUCUCAACUCAAGCAAUUGCAGGAAUUGCAUCUCGAAGGGAAUCAUAUUGGUGGACUGACAAAUCCCGAAGCAAUCUGUGAACUCGUUUACUUAGAAUCGCUGGAUCUUUCAGAUAACUCAAUUGAAGAUGUUGUGCCAACCUGUUGGGGCAAUAUGCCAUCACUCAGAGCUCUGAAAUUGUCAAAGAACCGAUUUCAGGGAAACCUUACCUCCUUUCUUGCUAAUCUAUCAAAUAUUGAGUUAAUUGGCGUUUCCCAUAACCCAUUUGAAGGCCUGCUGCCAUUUUCCAUUUUUGCAAAUUUUACGAAACUUAGUCAUCUAGAUCUUUCGUACAAUUACCAAUUAGAAGUUGAAACUGAAACUACAAUUUGGCAUCCUUCUUUCCAAGUGCAACAUUUGUUUUUGGCAGGAUGCAACCUCAAUCGUCAGAGUGGUCACAUAAUUCCUAGAUUCCUUUCUACCCAACAUAAGUUGCAAAACCUAGAUUUAUCCAGCAACUUACUGGUUGGAAACUUCCCCACUUGGAUGCUUCAUAAUGUUUCUUCUGUAUUAAGCCUGAGAGGCAAUUCCUUCGUUGGUCAAUUUCCUCUAGGCCGCCAAAAUAAAUCUACACUUACUAGCCUAGAUAUCUCUGACAAUCAUUUGGAUGGGCACCUGCCUACAAAUAUCAUUCUAGUCCUCCCUGAGCUGUAUAAAUUCAAUGCAUCCUCCAAUCAAUUUUCUGGUAAUAUUCUCCCUUCUUUAGGUGAGCUGAAAAAUCUACAAAGCUUGGACUUGUCUAACAAUCUCCUCUCCGGAGUAGUCCCAGUUGGUCUGACCCAGAAUUCCCCAUUAUGGUACUUGAAUCUGUCAAACAAUAGUUUGCAUGGCGAGCCGCUUCCAGAAAAUUGCGGUAUGCCGAAACUGACAUGGUUGCUGCUUCACAAUAAUCUCUUUGUGGGGAAUAUGCCAGCUUGCUUGUCAAACUGUUCGUCUUUGAAGCUGAUAGAUGUACGACAUAACCAACUGUCAGGGACCAUCUCAAAUCUACCAGUUUUCAUGCAAUUAGGAGCACUUCUUCUAGGAGCAAAUCAGUUCAGAGGACAUCUUCCCAAGCAAUUAUGCCAAAUGCAAAUGUUGCAGUUCUUAGAUUUCUCAAAAAAUAAAUUUUCAGGGAAUAUUCCUUCUUGCCUCAAUAACAAUUCAGUCUGGAGAAAGAAGUUCCAAGCAAACUCAUGGGUUCCAAUUGAUUUCACCACCAAGGGGAAUUCAUAUUCGUACCAAGGUAUCCCCCUUACUCUCAUGACUGGGAUUGAUUUUUCAGUUAAUGAAUUGGCUGGCGCCAUUCCAUACGAGAUUGGUGAAUUAUCAGAACUGCACUCUUUGAACCUGUCACAAAACCUAUUAACAGGUCAUAUUCCAACAUCCUUCAAAAAUCUCACCAAUUUGGAGAGUCUGGAUCUCUCCCACAACAACCUAACAGGACAGAUACCUCCUGAAAUUGUCCAGAUCAAUACUCUCUCAACUUUUUCUGUUGCCUUCAACAACCUCUCAGGAAGGAUCCCAUUUAAUGAACAACUUUCAACAUUCUCUGAAAGUAGCUUCCAAGGCAACCAAAAACUCUGCGGAGAUCAAUUACUAAGAAAAUGCUCAGGAAAUGACAACGAAGAUGACGGAGGAAAAGAAAAUCCAAAUGAAAGAGCAGAGGACAGCGUCCUGGAUAAUCACUUGUUGUUCUAUUCACUAGUGUUUAUAUCAUAUGCUGUCGGAUUCUGGAGUGUCAUUGCACCACUUUGCAUCAGUUCAAACUGGCGAAGAAAAUACUUUGCCACAGUAGACGGAUGGAUUGAAUAUCUUUCUGACAAGUUAUGA